AUCUGCCCCAUUCAACGGCUAAUUUACCCUGUGUUCACUACUCACAGCUGUCACUCUUCACGACGUCAGUUACUGGUCAACAUCCUCUUGGAAAUGUAUGACUGAACCAAGACUAGCUCGGCUGCACGAGUUGAGAAACUGCCACGCCUCCUGGUGUGGAAGCGUGGGGGCCUGGCUUCAAAUAGACCUUGGUCGAGACUAUGACAUAAAUGGUAUAAACACCCAAGGUGCUCGGGACAAUUACGGCUUUGUAAAGAAGUUUACAUUGGCUUACAAAACGACGAGUGGAGGUUGGGAGAAUUUUGAAGAGGACGGAAACGUUAAGGAGUUUGUGGGAAAUGUUAAUGGCAACGGAGUGGUGAAGCAAACUUUUUUACCUCCAUUCAAAGCACAUUUCGUAAGGUUCAACGCCAGAGAAUGCAACACAGCAACUAGUUGUUGCAUGAGGGUGGAGAUUUAUAUAUCAGGUGAGGAUAUUUCAUUGAGGAAGUUGUUGAGGUUAGAGGUUGUCUUUUGUUGA